GCCGUGCCCGCACCCAACGCAACCCAAUCCCCUCGUCCCGCACGCCGUGCACACUCCGAUCCCCUCAUCCCGCACGAAUCCUAGGAGAGAGAGAUAGGAAGAUGAGAGGGAGAGAAAGGGGAGAGGAGAGGAGAGGGAGGUCCAGUAGCGGACGGGAGAGGGUGACCGGCCGGCGUCGGCCUACACCGGCGAGGCGUCGUCCUGCGCCCCUCCUCGCGCAAGAACCCUAGCUUGAGAGACAAAAUGAGGGGGAGAGAGAGAAGGAAGGAGAGGAGGGAGAAAAAGAGAGGAAAGAGGAAAGGAAGGUGCGGAGGCUGACAGGAGAGAGGGUCAUCGGCCGGCGCCGGAGAGGACGGGCCCGACCUGGACGCGACUUAUUUCCCUAAAUCAUGCCUUUUGUGUCGCAGUCUGAUUUCAAUCGAUUCAUCUCCUUCCUCACGCCUCGGAGCACGCUGCAGCCUGCAGUCGGAGUGGCAGCUAGGGUUGAGGCGGAGGGUGGAGCUCCGCCAAAGAUCCGACCCCCUCGCACGCGGCACAACCAAACCCUAACCGCCUGAUCCCAAUGCGCAGGGGCCUCGGCAGCGAAGCGUUGGUGCACCGGCACCGUGCACAGGCGCAGCUGUGGGUCGCGGUCGCGGUGCUGGUUACUGGCACCAUCUGGCUCUGGUCCUCUUCCUCCGUUGUCCUCUUCGGCACCCACAGGGUCCAGGAUUUUGUUGUAGAUCAGUUGUGGAGAACUGCAGAUUCAAAUGGUUGGAGAGCAUCUUCUGCACCACGCACCUAUUGGCCUCCCCCACCAACUGAAUCCGAGAGCAAUGGGUACUUGCGUGUCCGGUGCAAUGGUGGCUUGUCCCAACAACGAAGUGCAAUAUGUAAUGCUGGCGCUCUACCCAUGGAUUCCGGCAUUAGCUUGAAACGCUCAAGACAAAUUAGGUCUCGGCCAAUGUUGGAGAAGACGGAGUACAGGGAUGAGCCGCUCGAGCACGGUUUGAUGGGAUGUUCGCGCGCAAGAUGCAGAAGUUCGCCAGAAGGAAGAAGAGCUGGGUGUCGAGGAGGAGAAGGUGGUAUGCGAGGUGCUUGCAGGCCCAGCAGCAGGAGGCCGUCCUUGAGGUGCUCCUCUGGAUGGUCCAUUCCGGUGCUGGGCCUACGUGUUCAAUGCUGCCCUCACCAUCCCCUUCUUCCAUUGGCUCAUCGGGCCGUCAGAGUUCAGAAAUCUAAUACUCCGCACUGCCUCCCGUCCAUUUUCAGAUAUAUAUAUUUAUAUAAGGUUUAUCAUCACCCCAUGGAUCAUGUGUUGUUGAUCGACCAGGUUAUUGAGGUGGAGGUCAACGGGGUGAGGCAGAGAAGUGGAGUGCUCAUAAAGAAACGAAGCUGCUGCCUGGGCUCGCUGCUGCCACCGCCUCCAGUCGCUUCCGCCUAGGCAUCCCGUCGCUAGCAAGGCAUUUCUUUCAUAUAGUGGAUAUACAAAAUAAACUGUAUGAUCUGGACUGUAGGAGCAACUGUUGUUAUUGGGACUGGUGCUUGUGUAGUUAUUGCAGCUGUUCUUGAGGGCCGAGCUGAACAUAUUUGAAAAAGGAUAUUCUGACACCUAAUAAGGAUCAAGAAAACAACAGAGAUGCUAAGAGGCAACCUUUUGGGGUUAAGGAUAUAAACAACAACAGGGCUUAUGAGACCGAAGAGAGCUCAAGUGGUGUCUUUUGAUUCUUGAAGGCCUCCACUUUCCUGGUGGAGUAGCAACAAAAUAAUUCAGAGGCUUUAAAGCUAAUGCACUUCACGUAGUUAGGAUCAAUUCUUUGUUUUGGUUUGAAAUACUCCCCAGUUCCUCCUAUUUGAUUGAUUCAUCUGAUGGACAUUUUGUCAGGCAAAUAUUAGGCAAAGGAUAUGUAUCUUUUUUUAAUAUAGAAGGGUCUAAUUCUUAUCGUGUGUACUUGCUCAAACAAAAGAUUAUUGAAAAUAUGUAUAUUUUCAACCCGAUGUGGUUUUGAAUUA